UCAUCAUAAUAACGCUGUAAUCACAGUAGUGUUGUGGUGUUGCUGUGUUGUGUGUGGAAUGUCAGAUCAGAGAGGAGAUAUAGAGUGUGAGUAUGAUUGUUGUACUAUCCGAGACAGCAUCAGUGUUGGUGAAGUAUUGACAUCACCAUGGUGCAUACACUGGUAGGGGACAUCUACCACAUCACACGCUACAAGUUCCGUAAUGAGAGUCUCCUGUCUGAAGUGUUUGCCCCUCCUUCUCUACACAACGACUCGAUCACCAGCCCAAACAAUUACGAGAGGCUGGAGUUCCUGGGUGACAGUGUGCUGAAUAUGGUGGUGUCUAUUAUACUGUUCGAGCUCUACCCCCUGGAAAAGGAAGGCGACCUCACCCUAAGGAAGAAUCAUUUGGUCAGCGGGAGGAAACUGGUGGAGAUCAGCCGCUCCCUGGGCUUCAUGCGUCUAAUGCCAGACUCGAGCAUGCACUGGCGGAGGGAGAGCGAUGCACUGGAAGCGCUCAUCGGAGCAAUCUACCUUGAUGGUGGGUUCAAAUGUGUAAAACAAUUCAUCCUCAACAACUGGAGGAAACCGGCUCGUCAGCUGCGCAUCGCCCCCAUAGAUGCCAAAAGUCAGCUGUACAUCUGGGCUCAGAGACGACACCUGCCCCCUCCGCUGUACAGGUACACCAACUUAACGGAGAACUACACCAUGAGUUUGCAAUUAAGAGAGACUCACGGUCUAGGGGUAGUCCGGAUCAUGGCCUCGGGCAUCAAGAAGAAAGGGGAGAUUGAUGCAGCAAGAGCUAUGCUUGCGAGGAUUGAAAACCGAAGCAAGUGGAAAACUUUAUUUAAAUCUGUUGGUGACUACAUCACUGAGGAGGACCUGAAUGCUACAUCAGAGGACAUCAAAGUCCGACUGAGGCUCUGGUGUUUAGCCAACAACUUUCCCCUGCCAGAAUACAAGAUAAUGGAGGGGGAGACAGCAGACAGACGAGUACAGUUCACGUGUUUAGUUAGUGUUGGGGUAACGAGAGGAGCUUACGGUGUAAGCACAUCCGUAAAUCUUGCUGAGAAGAAAGCGGCUUUUAAAAUGUUGUUGCGACUGUGUGAUGAAGAGAGAGAAAAGAUCCUGCUGGACGGUUGGAAGCUCUCAAAAGAAAUCGAUGUCUGCAUCCCGAGAAAUUUCAAGUCCCUCAUCGAUGAGUGGGUGACAAAGAAUCAUCUCGGGGAAAUGGUGUACACUUCGGAGGAGUUGAUUAGUAAGAAACUUUUUAACGUUUCGCUUACAAUCCCUACUACAGAUCUGGGCACAGUGUCUGGGGAAUCAUACAAGAAAAGACUAGCAGAGCACAGAGCGGCAGCAAACAUGAUAGAGAAAGUGGUGACCCGUUAUCGCUCAGGUGGGCCAGCGGGGCUACAACAGCCAGACAUUAUUAAUUACAAGAUAGAGUUACACAGCUGGGCUCACAGUAGACAACUGCCCUUGCCUCAGUACAAGGUUGAGAACGUGUCAGGGCUAGGCCACAGCCUGCUGUUUACAGUGUCUGUGGCUGUGGAUGGGUUACAGAAGGCUGUGGCUAGUGGUUACAAUAAACGUUCUGCCCAACAAGCAGCAGCCAGCAUCAUGCUGGAACAGAUCAAAGCGACAGGGAACACAAUCUAACGAUUACAUCAAUAUAUUACUCUCAAUAAAAUAUCUACCACGCACUGUUUUUUAACACAUA